UUAGUGCCGGGAUAAAACCUGGGAUGGAGGAAUGCAUCUGUUUCACCAGAGACAAUAUGAAAAGCAGCAGAGCUCAGGAAAAAUUCCUCAAAAUGUUGCAUCUUAAAAUUCCUUGUGAUUCUCCAUACUUUGGCAUUGAUUUUUGCUUCCCAUCUUUGAAGUACAUUGGUUACUGUUUCCUCCUUUGUCAAGUGUGUCCCCUUCAGUUGGGUGGCUGGGCAGGGGUCCUUGCAGGAAAGGGAAGCUGCUGUGGACAGGAGGCGCAGCCAGCCUGCGCUCAGCCACCGGGUGUGGCGGAAGCCCCGAGACGGGCUGCUCCGCAUGUUGCCGUCGUCUUUCGAGCUUGUCUCUUCAUCCAUCCUCCCAACACUGUUGCACUGGGGCCAUCCAGUCCUGACGGAGACGGGCCAUCCCCACCCAGUCCUAAGGGAGACGGGCCAUCCCCACCCAGUCCUGACGGAGACGGGCCGUCCCCAUCCAGUCCUGAGGGAGACGGGCCGUCCCCCUCCAGUCCUGAUGGAGACGGGCCGUCCCCCUCCAGUCCUGAUGGAGACGGGCCGUCCCCCUCCAGUCCUGAGGGAGACGGGCCAUCCCCACCCAGUCCUGAGGGAGACGGGCCAUCCCCACCCAGUCCUGACGGAGACGGGCCGACCCACCCAGUCCUGACGGAGACGGGCCACCACCGUCCUCUGUGGAGAGACUGUUCCCUGUAGGGCUCACUGCCCCGCGCCCAAGGCCUUCAGUGUAAUAAAACUUCUUAGCACAUUCUACAAUGCCAGGUGCUUAUCUGUGGUUUUGUUUUUACCCUUAUUUUCAUACACAGUAUGGUUGGUACCCUGAUUGACAUCGCUCCUGAAAGUAAUAAACUUCAGGUGAUUUUCAGAAGUUUACAGGGUACUUGUUUGCUCAGCAGAACAGCUUCAUGUUCAUUUUCUCAUAAUUUUUCACUGGGAUAAAGAAGAAGGGGGUUUGAGAGCUUACUUUCAUGCAGAGUUCAGUUUUAAAAUUAUUUUGCCUAAAAUUAGCAUUUCAGUGCUUUCUAAAAGAAAUAUUUUAUAAACUUUAUUUCACAGCAGAAUUACCAAGUCUGUAUAGAAACACAAAACUAGCAAAGGAUUGGCAGUUGUUUUGUAAAGAAUUUGUGAACUGUGUGUAAUUCUCUUCUAACAUUUAAUAAAAAUUUAUUUUAGCCUA